CCAGUAUUUUUUUGGUGAGGCUUGCAGCUUUUCACACAGCUCCAGCCUCUUAUGCGCACAGCUGGAGGGGUGUACCCGUUCCGCGUGACGUCACCAAAUCGUUCCCUGUACCCCGGGUCCAUUCAUGCCCGCCUCAUCACAGUGCCGCGCGCCUCGCCCUCUCCACACCCCACCUUCAAACCGGAGCGGCGUUACAAGUGGAACUAAGGAUACGUUGGGAUCUAUUUCUCUUCUUCUUCUUCUGCGGCUCAGUCUGGACUUCACAGUGCGGACGUAAACACGGCACACGGAGCAAGUUGUUAAACAGCUGCCCGCUGACCCAGCACCUGGACACAUCUGUCAGAGCGCUCGGCUGUUUUUGUGAGGCAAACACUUCACGUUCCCACACUUAAUAGUGUCUUUUUGGACCGACCAGUGACAUUUGGAGCCCUGUACUCCAGCAGGCGUCACCACAGCGGACACGUUGGACAGAGCAAGAUGGCUUCAGACAACUUCUUAAGGACACAUUUUUGACACUUUUGGAACCAGAGACGUUUUCCUGAAUUAAACCCAGCCAGUAUUCAGCCAUGGGGAAUCCAGAGAACGACACGUGCCACGAAAAACAGUGGAUCGACCCCGACAAGACCCCGACAAUCAGUGCCAUAAUGUUUGCUGCAGGCAUCAUUGGCAACGUGGCCGCCCUGGUGAUCCUGGAAAUCCGGCGCUGCAGAGACUCAAGGAAGGGGGGUGGGCGGCGGCGUUCACUGUUUCACAUCCUCAUCACAUCGCUGGUGGUCACGGACCUUGCAGGCACCUGCCUGAUCAGCCCGUUGGUGCAGCUGUCGUAUCACCAGAACAAAACCUUGAUAGAGAUAUCUCACUCUAAGAGCGUGUGUCAAUACUUUGGUUUGAGCAUGACCUUCUUCAGCCUCGCGACCAUGUCGCUUCUCUUCACUACGGCACUAGAGAGAUGCCUCGCCAUUGGGUACCCCUACUUUUACAACCGGCAUGUCACCAAGAAAUGUGCCUAUAUCACAAUCCCAGUGGUGUUUUUGCUAUGUACAUUAUUCUGUCUCCUCCCUUUUGCGGGAUUUGGUGCAUAUGUACAAUACUGCCCCGGCACAUGGUGUUUCAUUGACAUGAACCCGAAAGAAACGGUCCACCGGGUCUACGCCAACCUGUACGCCAGUGUUAUGCUCUUGCUGGUGCUGGUUAUUGUGUCGUGCAACGGGUUUGUGGUGUACCAGCUUUAUAAGAUGUACCAGCGCCGGAGGAGGAACGGUGGCUCGAUGAUAUCGACCACAAGAUCCCACACCGAGCGCAGGUCAAUGUCCAUGGCUGAGGAGGUGGAGCAUCUCAUCCUGCUGGUCUUCAUGACCAUCAUCUUCAUCAUCUGCACACUGCCCCUGGUGUUCCGAGUGUAUAUCAACUCCCUCUGGAUUGACGAGGAGUCUCACAGAUUGGAUCUGAUCGCCCUCCGCUUCAUCUCCGUGAACUCCAUCAUCGACCCCUGGGUGUUUAUCAUCCUCUCCCCCAGCGUGCUGCACUUUUGCUGGUCCUCGGUCUACCGGGCCCCUGUGGGAAUCACCAGGGGUUCGGUGUUCAAAUCAUCGCUUGCCAGAGAGAAUUCGCCGGCUAACCUUGAACUGGCUUGCCCAUCAUUGGACUCCAACGGUCAAUUCCACACUGCACAAACUCUACCCACUGCGGAAACACUAUUACCAUAACAGUAUUUGAUUAUUUGAUAUUUAUAUUUAUUUGACAAAGGAUUGAAUAGUGUGUUCUGCUUCAUUGGAGAGGUUUUGUGGACCAUAAGAUCUCUCCCAUGCUUGUGGAGUUUCUUAUUUAAGGAGGUGUUCCUAUUAGAUAAUGACUCUGCUGUUUGACUGAUAAGCACAUCAGUUCUUAACAGCUGGUGGCCGCCUCUUGCCAUUUACAGGGUGUUUCCAACCAUUUGCAUUUGAGCUAAGCUAAUGCAUGUCGAAUGCAUACUGACUCCUCUAGAGCUUCAUAUUCAAGUGUAAAGGCUCCAUGUUAAGCAACAUUUGAUGGUUAUAUAUUAUGCCAAUUAAACAAAUGAAUGAGAAGGCUGCUCAUUAAGGGAACUGGCAUAAGAAAGACUUUAUCCUGAUUCUGCAAUGAUCUGGAAUUGACAAGCAAAGCAAGAUCUUUUGUCUACAUUGUUUUGGUUGGAAAAGCUUGUGCAAGGAGACACUCUGUGGAGAGAAAUGGAACCAGCCUCCGAUUCAGGACGGACAGUGAAAGAAGAGGUAACUAAUGACUUAAAAGUCCAAUAUUAUGGUCAUCUUCAGGUUCAUACUUUAAUUUUGGGUUCUACUUCAAAAUGUUUACAAGCUUUAUUGUUCAAAAAAUGCUAUAAUUUUCCUCAUACUGCAGUACCUCUAUUCACCCUAUUUGUGCCUGUCUCUUUAAGCCCCCCCCCAUUCCUGAAAAGCCCAGUCGGUUCUGAUUGGUCAGCUCUCACACAGGCCUGAGCAGGCUCCACCCACAGUGUUUUCGCAUCAGCUCCUCCUGUGUUUCGGCAAUCAUGGCUGCACUGGGGGCGUGGCUGAAGGCGGCGACUGGAUAGUUGUGACAUCACAACCUUACUAAAGUCCUGACGGCUCGUUCGAAGGCAGUUUCUGAAUACGCACUGUGAGCAUUUCUCUGAGGACUGACAUUUUAACAUUUCAAAGCAUUCAUAUAGCACCAAGACCGGCUAUAUAAUAUAAAAAAUAAAAAACAAACAAACAUGGUAAUCUCACUUUCAACACUAUGUGACCUUUAAGGUUUUGCUGUACGUGCCCUCGCCUAUUUAAAAUGCUGCUUUCCAAAUGGUUGUAAUCGGGCCUGACAGUAGUUGCUUGAGUGCGAUGUCGCAUGGUAUGAUCCGUUUUUAUUGUCUGCUAUUUGCAUGCAGUUGAACAGAGCACAGUCAAAGAACUUCCUGCAUAGAGUCUAUAUCAGGUUACAUAAAUAGAAACCAAGAUAAACUUAAGUGCCGACAUGAAGCACAUUCAGGUAAAUUUGGACUGGUUAAUUACGGUAGUUUGCUGGGGUUCCUCAAAUAUUUUGUAGGUAUUUGGGGCAUCUCUUUUCUCUUUAAAGCACUGUGGGUCAUCAUCUUGAGAACAUUACCUUUACGUUACCUCUGACCUUUACCUCUUGACCCCUUGUCUUAAUCUCUGGUCUGCUUUGGUAACCUCCACUCUCACACUCCAACCAGAUUCCUGCUGGAGAGGUCAAAGGGCAACAUGCCUUGAGAGAGCUUCUGGUACACAAGAUAGUCAAAACGGUCAAAGAGAGAGCGGGCGGGAGAGGGUGAUAAACAAAAAGGAGCUUUCUACCUCCUUCAAUGACACAUAACACACUAAGGGUAAUCUUUGGUGAGAGUACUUUACAAAUCAUGUUUUGUAAAAUCUUUGAAUUAUUAGUAUUAAAAGAUAAACUUGAGUUCCAGAAUGAAAACGUGCUGGAGCUGAAGUUAGAGGUGGCCUGUGGCGUUUCCCGGUCAACAAACAAAGUCAUGUUUACAUUCUGUGUUUCUUAUUGGAAUAGCCCGAAUCCUUCUGGUGGUAAUGUGGAUCUCAUUGUGAAUGCUCAUGCAUGUGUGUCCUUGUGAGCAUAGAGCAUAAACACAACAGGGUGCCACACAUUGGCAAAAACUCUUAAUCAAUUAAUAGCCCAAUAAUCAAUGUUUGUUACCCUUUAAAAGUAGCAUGUUUUGCUUUCAUUUUGUGCCAUGAGUCAGUUAUCUUCUUACUCUUACUCACCUUUAAGAUUGUCCUUCUGUAUCUUGCUUCAUUUUUUCUUGCCUCAUACUUUGUUCCGGUAUGGAAAAGUUAUUUGGAAACUAUGAAAAGAGUGCCCCAAUUUUUUUAUCCAUCAUCUUAACGACUUAAAUUGCCGUUGGAACUGCAAUAGUUUAACUAGGGAACAUCUUGAAAUGUUAUUUUUAUUCAAAGUGUGUCUUUCCAGAGAAUCACAAUUCCUAUGGGACAAAGGACGCCCACGUAAAAAAAAAAAAAAAAAAAAAGCCACUUGUAAAGCAGAAGGAAAAUGUCAUGAUUGCACUCUCUGAUUAUCCUCAUUUUAUUCAAACAAAGUAAAAACCCCGAAAAUGCAGGUUUGCUUUCAGGUCCACAUGAGCUAUAGUCUCCAUUAGACAAUGUGCAGCCUGAACAGCUCAUGUGUCAUGCGAUGUGCCGCCCACCAACAUAGCACAUCAUUACAUUACAAUGAUGUCACUUCUCUCUGACUUGAAACCAGAUGAGUUUCCUGAAAAAAGUAGGCUGUUUGCAUACUGGUUGAAGCUACACAUGGUGAGAUUCCUAAUGUUUUGAAUUGCACAACACAGCGGGGAGACUCUGUCUCAGCUUCUUUCCCUUUAAAGUAAGAAAUUUACAUGGGGCUCAAGCGCUUGGCAAGAAAAUAAGCUACUACAGAUUUUUGCAGGAUCUACAGUCAUUAAAUCUCUAGAAAUAGAAAAACACUGACGCAGAAGUGACUGGGGUUGUGUAACAGCAGGAGUCCGGUGUAAGAAAAAAAAAAAACUGAGUUCGGGGAAAAGUGUGAGAAGUAAGUUACAAGUUCUCAAGUGGCUGACAUUUUAAAAGGAGGCCAGAAAAUGUGUGAGCGGCAGGUUAACGCUCCAGGCUGUGAGCCUUUAUUUGAAAGUGUCAAGGGUGUGUGUGUGUGUGUGUGUAUGUGAGAGAGUGACAGUGUGUGUGUGUGUGUGUGUGUGUGUGUGUGUGUGUGUGUGUACAGAUGAUGUUGCUUUUGUGUUGUGAGAUGUUUUAUUGUCUCUAUUGGUCUGUUGUUGAUUCUGAGCUAAGCUUCAAAAUGUUGGGUGUUUACGACAGUGACUUACUGCUUCCUGUGGAUGUUAUGUGAGAAUUGCUUUUAUAUGUGUGUGUGUGUGUGUGUGUGUGUGCGUGCGUCCAUGUAGCUAUAAUUUGUUCAAGCUUGUGUGUGUCUAUGUGUGUGUGUGUGUGCGUGUGUCCAACAGCACUGAAUUGUGACGAUGUCGAACUAGAAUGCUAACUACCUGGAUGUCUUUGUACUCUGUAAUUAUAAAGUACUGUACAUGACUCUGAAAAUGCACUGAGCACACAAGUAUGUGCGCGUGUUUUAUGGCUUGUGUAAAUAAACAUCUCAUCUGCCACA